AUGGCACGGAGUUCAGUUACAUUUUGUGAAGACAAGCUGCUUAAAGUUUUAGUCAUUGGUGAUGUAGGCGUUGGGAAAAGCAGCAUUAUCUCGCGUUAUGUAAACCAACGCUUUAAUGAAACAUACAAAGCAACUAUUGGAGUUGACUUUGCUCUGAAGACUAUUGAAUGGGAUGCCAAGACUGUGGUGAGACUGCAUCUUUGGGAUAUUGGAGGCCAGGAGAGGUUUAGGAAGAUGUCCAGAGUGUACUACAAAGGGGCAAUGGGAGCAGUCGUGGUCUUUGACAUUACAAACAGCUCAACCUUGGAAGCCGUCUCAGAGUGGAAGCGGGACCUGGACAGCAAAGUCUGUCUCGACAGCGGACGUCCAGUCCCUGCUGUCCUGCUGGCAAACAAAUGUGACAUGAAAGGACGGGACAGAGACCUGGUGUCCGUUCUGGACAGCUUCUGUAAAGACAACUGCUUCGUGGGCUGGUUUGAGAGCUCUGCAAAGGACAAUAUAAAUAUUGAUGAGGCAGGUGCUUUCCUUGUCAAACAAAUGAUGCUCUGCGACGAUGGCCUGUUCAAUGAAGAGCACCACUGGGACGGGAUCAAAGUGAGCCUGGCACCUGGGGAGAGUCAGAGCCAGUCAUUGUGCUGCUGGAGACCACGGCUCUGA